CCCCUUCGCGUCGGCGCGGCCUGCUCAAACGUGAUUGGUUUGACGCGCGCUCCGGGCGCCAAGGGCGGAGUGGGGAAGGAAGCGGGCGUCGCCCACCUAUCCGAUCGAUCGAUCGGCCAACAAAGGGCGGCUAGUCCGGCCUACGAUCGCGUUGCUAAGGGACCGGGGGAGGGGCGGGACGAUGGAGGAGGAAGCCGCUUCCGUAGCAGCGGCCAAAGCGCCUCCAUGGAGACGGGGCUGAGGUGGCGGUGCGAGCGGAAGAGGACCAAGCAGGGCCGCCUCUGAGUGCCGGGCUGAGUCGCCACACGGAGCCCUCGAUGGGGGCGCAACAGCCCGCGCGAAAAAAAGGGGGAAAACAUGAGGCUCUGGUGAGGUCAACCAGCAAUUGGGGGAACUCGGGACGGACUCCAAGGCCUGCUUUGUGCUCUGUUUAAUAUUCCAGCUUCUCUGCAUAACAUUUGGGAAAGCUCCCCUUCGAACUUGUGCAGCUCUUCUUUCAUUAGGCAGCUGCAGCUCAGCAAGGAGAGAAAUGCCAAGAAGUGAAUGACUCCACUGCACAACAGUCUGCUCCAAGCCUGCCCAUUGAGCAGCACUGUCACUUUAAUAAUUCCAUGUCGAGGGAUUGCUUUCAAUCCUCUUGGGCUUAAUACAAGUGAGGAUCAGAGGGACAUUAAAGGCCAUAAGGCUGGGUGGAGAAAAUAAAAACGAAAGUGACUGCGGUUUGGGUAACCGAGUGGCAGCUUUUUUCCUGAUACACAGAAGACCCUUGCCUGGACCCAGUGCAGUACCUAACUGGCAAAAGUCACGUGUGAUCUCAGCAAAAGUCCCUUUGAACCACUUCUGUCUUCCUCAGAAAUUUAUUUGGAUUAUUUGAAAACUGGUCCUGAGCUUCGAUGGUGUUGGAAUGUGUUGAAGUGGAUUAUUAGAACUGCCAAGAGUUGGAUUGUGCCUUAAUUGUAUUUCCUACGUUCACUUCUUAAAACAAAAUCUUUGCUGUCACACGAGGGAUUCUUAUACAGUUUUGUAGGCUGAUGGGUGUUUUCUCUUGUAUAUUUUUAUAGAUUGGGAAAUAUUUUACAGAUUUUUGACAACUGGUCUUGCAAAAAUUCUAAACUUUUUUCCUUACUCUUUUGCGGGUGGUGUUGGAAGUUUUUAACUGGAGGAGACUGUGAGCGCUUCUGUGGAAAGUGAAGACGUAGAGCUCUGUUUCUAAGAUGAACUGUGUAAGUGUUUUGAAUCGGAUGGCAGAGUUCUGACCUCAAAAGGCAAUCCCAGCGGGACUCUGUUGAUACCAGUAAAUAAGCGCUUGCAUCCAGUGCCAGAAAUAACAGCGAGAAUGCCGGUCAAGAAGAAAGACACGGAUCGAGCAUUAGCGCUGUUGGAAGACUAUUGUAAGAAGCUAAAGAAGCCAGAGGAGCAGCAACUGAAAAGGGCCAUUAAGAAGGUGAUGGGCAUCUUUAAGAGCAGUUUAUUCCAGGCAUUGCUAGAUAUUCAAGAGUUUUAUGAAGUGACGCUGCUAAAUUCCCAGAAAAGUUGCCAGCAGAAGAUAGAAGAAGCAAAUCAAGUUGCUGAGAAAUGGGAGAAGACACACUCUCUGGCAACAGACAAUGAAAGUCAGCACAAAACCCAAGAGACAGCAGCUUCAAAUGAGCCAGACAGAUGGGUAACAUGCAAAGACCAGGAUAAGGGGAACCAGUCUUCUGAGAAUCAUUCCACAGAUAAAACUUCAAUGCAGAGUCAUUCCAGAUGCCCUGCCCACAAGUGCUCUGUCGAAUCGCCUGGGUGGAUGCCCAUUCAGCACUCUGCCAAGUAUCGCUACCAAGAUGAAGAUGCUCCACACGAUCAUACUUUACCUCGUUUAACUCAUGAAGUGAGAGGGCCAGAACUAGUUCACGUUUCUGAGAAGAAUUUAUCGCAGAUAGAAAAUGUCCAUGGAUACGUCCUGCAGUCGCACAUCUCGCCCUUGAAGGCACCGCUACCUUCUGCUUCCGGACCCCCGGGCCCGACUCUGACUCAGCCCAGGACUCAAUGUCAUACUUCGUGGGACACUGUGCAGAAACGCCCCCCAAAGCCCUUAGCGAAGGCAAAGGGGCCAGGAGGGGAAUGGUGGUCAGACUGCACCUGCCCGCACAGCUGGUACCAACCAGUACAGGCUAGCCCUGCUCCUAUAAUCGUCAACACAGAUACAUUGGACACGAUUCCCUAUGUCAAUGGAACAGAAAUUGAAUAUGAAUUUGAAGAAAUUACAUUGGAAAGGGGUAAUUCUGGCCUGGGUUUCAGUAUCGCUGGAGGAACAGAUAACCCACACAUCGGGGACGAUCCUGGAAUAUUUAUUACUAAGAUCAUACCUGGAGGAGCUGCAGCAGAAGAUGGAAGGCUCAGAGUCAAUGACUGUAUCUUGCGGGUGAAUGAGGUAGAUGUAUCUGAGGUUUCACACAGCAAAGCUGUCGAGGCACUAAAAGAAGCCGGUUCCAUCGUGCGACUGUAUGUCCGUCGAAGGAGGCCUAUUCUGGAAACUGUUGUCGAAAUCAAACUGUUCAAAGGACCAAAAGGUCUGGGGUUCAGCAUUGCAGGAGGUGUGGGGAAUCAGCACAUUCCUGGAGACAACAGCAUUUAUGUUACCAAAAUUAUCGAUGGAGGGGCAGCCCAGAAGGACGGGAGGUUGCAAGUUGGCGACAGGCUUCUUAUGGUAAAUAAUUACAGUUUAGAAGAAGUAACGCAUGAAGAAGCAGUAGCAAUAUUGAAGAAUACAUCCGACGUAGUUUAUUUAAAAGUUGGGAAACCCACCACCAUUUACAUGACUGAUCCUUAUGGCCCACCAGAUAUUACCCAUCCUUAUUCCCCACCAAUGGAAAACCAUAUAUUGUCUUCAGGCAACAAUGGCACUUUAGAAUAUAAGGCAUCCUUGGCUCCAAUCUCGCCGGGAAGAUAUUCGCCUAUCCCAAAGCACAUGCUAGUGGAGGAUGACUAUACCAGGCCUCCCGAACCCGUUUACAGCACUGUGAACAAAUUCUGUGAUAAGCCACCUUCUCCUAGGCACUAUUCCCCUGUCGAGUGUGACAAAAGCUUCCUCCUCUCAGCUCCCUAUCCCCACUACCACAUAGGCCUGCUCCCUGACUCUGAGAUCAUCAGUCACUCCCAGCAUAGCACAGUAACCCGGACACCCACCGUGAACAUACAACGGAGCAUUUCUAUAGAAGGAGAACCUCGAAAGGUUGUCCUCCACAAGGGCUCGACGGGGCUUGGCUUUAACAUUGUAGGAGGAGAAGAUGGGGAAGGCAUUUUUGUAUCCUUCAUCCUAGCGGGUGGACCGGCUGAUCUCAGCGGAGAGCUGCAGAGAGGAGAUCAAAUUUUAUCUGUGAAUGGGAUUGAUCUCCGUGGUGCUACCCAUGAACAGGCUGCCGCGGCCCUCAAAGGAGCAGGCCAGACUGUGACAAUUAUAGCACAAUACCAGCCAGAAGAGUACGCUCGCUUUGAGGCCAAAAUCCAUGACCUGCGUGAACAGAUGAUGAACCACAGCAUGAGUUCUGGGUCAGGCUCCCUGCGAACCAAUCAGAAGCGUUCCCUCUAUGUCAGAGCCAUGUUUGACUAUGACAGAAGCAAGGACAGUGGCCUCCCGAGUCAAGGACUCAGUUUCGCAUACGGAGAUAUCCUCCAUGUUAUCAAUGCCUCCGACGACGAGUGGUGGCAGGCAAGGAGGGUCACGGUGGAGGGGGACAGCGAAGAGAUGGGAGUCAUACCCAGCAAAAGGAGGGUUGAAAGGAAAGAGAGAGCACGCUUAAAGACGGUGAAGUUUAAUGCAAAACCCGGCAUGAUCGAUGCCAAAGGGUCAUUCAAUGACAAGCGUAAAAAGAACUUCAUCUUUUCACGAAAAUUCCCAUUCUACAAGAACAAGGAGCUGAGUGAGCAGGAAACCAGUGACCCAGAACAACAUGUUUCUUCUAAUGCCAGCGAUAGCGAAAGUAGCUACAGAGGACAAGAAGAUUGCAUUCUCUCCUAUGAACCCGUCACAAGGCAGGAAAUUAAUUACACCAGACCGGUCAUUAUCCUUGGUCCAAUGAAAGAUCGGAUCAAUGAUGACUUGAUAUCUGAAUUUCCUGACAAAUUUGGCUCCUGUGUACCACAUACAACCCGGCCCAAGCGUGAUUAUGAAGUAGAUGGGAGAGAUUACCAUUUUGUCAUCUCCAGAGAGCAAAUGGAAAAGGACAUCCAAGAGCACAAAUUCAUAGAGGCCGGGCAAUAUAAUGAUAAUCUAUAUGGAACUAGUGUGCAGUCUGUGAGAUUUGUGGCAGAAAGAGGCAAGCACUGUAUACUUGAUGUAUCAGGAAAUGCCAUUAAGCGACUACAAGCUGCACAACUCUACCCUAUCGCUAUCUUCAUUAAACCUAAAUCAUGGGAGCCAUUGAUGGAAAUGAAUAAACGUCUCACAGAGGAGCAAGCCAAGAAAACGUACGACCGUGCAAUGAAGUUAGAACAAGAAUUUGGAGAAUAUUUUACAGCUAUUGUCCAAGGAGACAGCUUAGAAGAUAUAUAUAACCAAUGCAAACUCGUAAUCGAGGAACAAUCUGGGCCUUUCAUCUGGAUCCCUUCCAAGGAAAAGCUAUAAAUUAGCCACUUCACCUCUGAGCGUGACAGAAGAGUAUUUAGAAGAAAACUUAAUCCUAUAUUAUUUGAAAGCUUUUUCUGGGGUGGUAAUUUUUUUUUUUAGGGGGGUGCUUUUUCGUUUCUUGCAGUCAAUGUGAAUUUUUUCUGAAUGUACAACACUAAGUGUUCGAAGCCAUGAAGGACAUUGAUUUGGUCAUAAAGGGUAGAGAAAAUGAAAAACCUAAAAAAAAAAAAAAAAGACUUUUGACAUAUAAAACAAAAAAACUUUUUAGCGUGUGCUCGCCGCGCCACUUAUACACAUAGACAUUGGACGCGGACGCCCCACGCUCUGCCUGUGUCCCAAUCCGUAUUCUGGGCUCAGCUCAACGUGUUUGUUGAUUGCUUUAAGAAGAAGUUCCCGGGUCUCGGAUCCUGCAAGGAGCUUCACUCUGGCUCCAAUCCGUAUGACGGGAGUUGGAAGUGAACGCCGAUGAAACUUGUCCUUAACUGGUUCUCUGGAUGAGAAGCAGAGUGUCCCGCACCUUGCAGGAUAGAAUCCUACAGAACCUGAUCCACCUUCCACAGAACUCUGCAAAGACCUUAAAUGAUUUUUCUGGAUGCUGGAUCAGGGGCUGAUUUUGGUCAUAGCACAUUUGUAUUUGCUACACCUUGACUUUCGUAUAACUAUGCACAUCUCUUUUUUUUUCUUCCCUGAAACCAAUGUGGAGUCCUUUUCCCUCCUAAUGACAAUGUGGGUCCGUUCAGUGGGAUUAGGUGGGAAGGGAAGCAUUCCAUGUUCAGACAUGCUCACGUACAAGUGCAAGGGUUCUUGACCGAAUGGGGUACAAUUGAGAAAAGCUUUACAUUUUUUUGAUUGUCUAUAUUAUCAUUUAUAUAAAGAGAGAAGGCACUUAAAAAUGGAAUAAUUUAUUAAAGAAUCUAUAUUGAUGUAUAGGCGCUAAUUUCUAUAGGUGACAAAAUAUUUUGUGAGAUAUUUUGUAAAGAUUAAGUAACUGAACGGUGAACUAUUUUUCACCCUUGAGUGGCUGUAAAAUGCAAAGGGUUUUCAGGUUGCACUAUCCCAUUAUUUCCCCUAGCAGAUGUCCUGAUGAUCUUAUUUCUUAAGUUCUAGAUGUUCUCUUCCUUGAUAUAGUUGUCAUGUUCUCCUUCUAUUUUAAUUGAUCAAAUUCCUAUGGGAAGCACUCUUAAAAUGCACCUAUACUUAAAAGAAAAACUCUGGAUCUUUUAACUGAAAUUGAUUCUCCCCCCACUCCCAACAAAGUAAAGUAUCAGAAGAUUUAAUGCA